CUGCGCAUGAGCUCUUUCACUUCCGCGUCUGUAACCCGGAAGUGAUUUGUUGGCAUUGGCAACGCUUUAGCCAGGUCUGACGGCGACAGUCCCUGAAUAAAGAAAUCGAAAGGAAGGGCCAUAAAAAGAUUUCAGCUGAGGACCUCUGAACCCUUGUUAUCUUCCAUUCCACUCACCAUAGAGGAGGGAGGAGCGAGUACAGACUGCAAACAGAAUGACCAGCUCAUCUGCUCCCAGAAUGGUGAAUAGUUACAAGCGGACUUCAAGCCCCCGAUCCCCUACUAACAGCGGGGAGCUCUUCACCCCAGCACAUGAGGAAAAUGUGCGCUUUAUACAUGACACCUGGCAGUGUGUGCUUAGAGACAUCAGAUCAACGCAAAACAUUGAGCGCAAUGACCGCGGACCACAGGAGUAUGUGGAGAAGAACCCCAAUCCAAACCUACAUUCUUUCACACCAGUGGACCUGAGUGACCUCAAGAAACGCAACACACAGGACUCCAAGAAGUCUUAGUCCUCUACCUGACGGUCUGAUCACUCUUUUCCACCCGUUAUCCUCGAGAACUUUUCCUCCGUCAGCCAGAAAGUCAGCCCUGUCGGCCAGUCAAGCACAGAAUGUCAAUUUUGUUUCUUAACUCUGGACCAUAGCAUCCCCCACCUCUUCUUUACCCUCUACAGCCGACCUAGAAGAAAAGAAGCAGGACUCCGAGGAGCCGAAACGCUCCCCUUCUCUUGGUUCAAGUUUUUCAAGUCACAAAAUUUUCAUAUUGUUUAUGUGGACGGGACUGAUGCAAAGUUUUCUCAAAAAUUUGCUGACACCUGAUGCUGAGGUUCAACUCGAUGACAUUUUCCACAGGACACAGAAGACUGCAGUCUUAACGUCAAACCGUGUUUUCUUUACUACUGUUACUUACACGACUUCGGAGGAAAAUGCGGAUGGGCUGACUUCUUUUUUUUUUUUCUCUGAAGAUAGUAAAUGGUAGAAAUAAUGGAAUGGUCACAUUGGAUACACGUUUUACCUGCAAGUUUUGGCAGCCAAAUGCAAUGUAGAAGGCCAACCUUUUUAUUAUUAUCCCCCCAAACGGACUUUAUUAAGAAACCCUUCCUCCCCCCUCAAGUAUGCUGCCCUUGGAUAACCCUGUCCCGUAAGCCUUGAAACAAAAUGUUGAAUAAAAGAUUUUACAGUA